AAAUACCCAACUCAAAUCUAAGCAUUUCCAUCACUCAAUUUUCCCUUCGCAUUUUCCCGAGAAACAAACAACUUCAUCUUUCUUUAAAUCCGAUUCAUUUCAUUUCCGAUGGCUCGUACCAAGCAGACAGCAAGAAAAUCCACUGGAGGAAAGGCUCCAAGGAAGCAACUGGCGACCAAGGCAGCAAGGAAGUCAGCUCCGGCGACCGGAGGAGUGAAGAAGCCACAUCGUUUCAGGCCAGGAACUGUAGCCUUGAGGGAAAUCAGGAAGUACCAGAAAAGCACUGAGCUUUUGAUCCGUAAGCUUCCAUUCCAGAGAUUGGUUAGGGAAAUCGCUCAGGAUUUCAAGACCGAUCUUCGAUUCCAGUCGAGCGCUGUGUCUGCUCUUCAAGAGGCUGCAGAGGCUUACUUGGUGGGUCUGUUCGAAGACACCAAUCUGUGCGCCAUUCACGCCAAGAGGGUUACGAUCAUGCCUAAGGAUAUUCAGUUGGCUCGUAGGAUUAGAGGCGAGAGAGCUUAGGUUUUUGUAAAAUGGUAAUUGGUAACCAAUCUUAAUGUAAUGUUGUUAUUAGUAAUGAAAUCAUAUCAUUUUAUGACCUUA